GGGCCGGACCGCCGUCGUCGUCGUCGUCGUCGUCGUCGGCCGACGCGAUCGGACAACGCGUCGCCGCCGCGCCGUUACACGGUGGUUACGUUAGUUGUCGAAAAAAAAAAAAUCAUAUCGUUGUAAUAGACUCUACGUACGAGCGACGCGCAGACCAGUACCGCUCGCCGCUCGGCGUACUUGACAGCGCACGUCUGGAAGCGUGCUUGGCGCUUUUAACAAUAUUAUUAUUCGCAUACUUUGACAUUUCGCGCGCUUUCGUGUCAUUUAAAUUUAAUAUUAUUAUUUAUCGCACCACUGCAACAAUCACUUUAUAAUAAUAUAUCGUAUGACACGUCGUCGAAUUAUCAUCUUCCGCCGAGCUCAGCGCGAGACACAUAUGCCACCGAACCACUAGGUUUAUAAUAAUAUUAUUAUUAUUAUUAUUAUUAUUAUACGCCUUCGGUUGCCGACUCACGGCGGACGUCGUACGAUAUCUCAUUGACCAGACCCUCCGAAGUCCACAGUUAUCAUGGCCGCGGAUCCCGAGUACUGGGUGUUCGGAUACGGAUCGUUGUGCUGGAACCCGGGUUUCGAAUUCAAGGAUUCCAUGGUCGGCUACGUGCAGGGUUUCUCCAGGAAGUUCUGGCAGGGCAACAUUGCACACCGAGGGACCAAGGAAAAGCCUGGACGUGUGGCCACAUUAGUUGAAGACCCUCAGGGUUUCGUGUGGGGCAAGGCGUUCCUGUUGCCGGACGAGACGGCGUUCAGGUACUUGGAGAUGCGGGAGGUGUACCUGGGCGGUUACCAGGUGCACAAGGUGGACGUGAUGUCGGACGGCGCGGACGAGUGCUGCCGGCGGACCGUGAACGCGACCGUGUACGUGGCCACGCCGGACAACGGCCAGUGGCUGGGCGAAGCGCCCGUCGACGAGCUGGCCACGCAGGUGGCCACGUGCGCGGGACCGGCCGGCCACAACGCCGAGUACGUGAUACUGUUGGCGCGGUGGGAGCGGCAGCACGCGCCCGUGCACCGCGUCGACGUGGAACUCAGCAAGCUCGAACUGCUCGUGCUGGAACGGUUGCAGUCCAUCGGCGUGCGGCCCGACGACGUGCUCACCACCAACAACAUGCCGUCGUUCUCGUCCAUGGUGCCCGAAAAGAAGUUGAGGUGUUUGAACAUCUGACCCGAAUUAUAUGUUAUACGUAUACAUAUAUAAUAUAUAUAUACCUAGGUAUGUGAGUGCACGCUACUUGGUUACCGUCGUUAAUCCGUUAACCAAUUAUUAUUAUAUUACUAGUGAUGUUAUUAUAAUGUCACAACACCAUAAUAUAACUACUACGAAUAACUACUACCUAACUAUAUAUUUUUAUAUCGAACGCAUCCGGUUGACAUUUACACGAUUAAUUAUUAUUGAUAAAAACGAAACGGCGAGAUGAUGUAUUUUGACUUUCGUUUGGUUGACGCUAAUAUAUAGUAUGUAAUAUUAUUAUGUUUUAAUAAUAAUAUUCUACUCUGCAUGUAUUAUAUUGUAAGAGCAAAUAAUAGGUACGUACCUACAAACUAAUGGAGAGACAUAAUAUGAGUAUCUCUACAUAAUAUGACAUCGUUGACGUUAAAAUCUACUCUGACUCUGUGCGUUAUGAUUUAUAUUUCAGUAUAGUUAUAUUUUAGAUAUUAUAUAUUAUGUGUAUCGCACUAUAACGAAAUAAGUAUAUUUCUUAACUGCGAUGGGAACACAGGGUGAUACAUAAUAUAAUGCACUUAUAAAUUAUUAUUUUAUUUUGUUGAUGUUUUUUAUAAUUAUUAAUAUUUAUUACUAUUACUAUUAUUAUUAUUAUUAUUACUAUCAUAAUCAUUAUCACCGUGAUUACUGUUAUCGCGUCGUACGAUGGAUUGAUUUCCGCACGAAUUGCACGCGUCAGUGCCUACAAUAUUUUUAUUUUUAUACACACACGACGAUGACCGUGUAUUGUUAUUAUUUUUAUAAAAUAAAUUGUCAAAGAUGUCCAUAACGUGUGUAGGUACCUACCGCCUAGAUAUGUAUUUAUAAUAUAUUAAUGUAUAUAAGUGUAUGUGAUGUUUUUUUAUAUAUCGACGUGUUUAAACGUCGCUCGUACGAAAAGCGAAUCAUAUAGGACCUAUAUGAUUCGCUAUAGGUACCUGGUACCUAUAUAAUAUCUACUAUCAUGUAUACACCAUAAUAGA